CAUGCCAGUGAUGCUUUAAAAGGAGUGAGAAAGUAUGAAACGUAUAAAGGAGCUACCUAUCAGACAGAAGAAGACCGAAAAAACCUAGCACGUCUUCAAGAUCUGGUGGACAAGCUGCAGCUAAAGGUCAAAUCCUACAAGAGAGCUUCAGAGGAGGCUGAGGAACAGGCCAACAAUAAUCUCACCAAGUUCCGUAAGCUUCAACAUGAGUUGGAUGAAGCUGAAGAGAGAGCUGACAUCGCUGAGUCCCAGGUCAACAAGUUGCGUGCCAAGAGUCGUGAUGUGGGCUCAAAGGUUGGAUUACUGCAGUUCCUUAUUGUCAGGCUGCCUGAAUAA